CCUACUCACCCGCCCGGUAUUUACCAUUCUGCCCCUCCGGCGAGCCCCACCCUUUCCCGCCCUCAUGGCGCCCAGCAACCGCCUCGCCGGAGCUGCGGCGGCGGCGGCGGCGGCGCCUCCUCCUCCUCCUCCUCCUCCGCCGCCUCCUCUACCUCCGAGAGGAUCUCCCGCGCCGUCGGAGAACCAUACAGCGAUCUCGGCGCCUCUGCUGCAGCCCGCGGGGGCGGGCGCGGGCGACGCGGCGCCGCUGGCGAAGUGGCUGCGGCGGCUCGAGGCGUUCCUCUCGGCGGCGGGGCUCGCGGCGUCGAGCCCGCUCGGGAAGGCCGGGGCGGCGUCCGCGCUCGCCGUGCUGGGCGUCGCGCUGCCGGCGCUGGCGGUGGCGCUCUCCCCGUGCCGCGGGCGCGGGAGGGGUUGCGACGAGUUCGAGGUGGAGGUGUUCGAGGUGUGCGUGCUUCUGUCGCAGGCGGCGGCCGCGGCCGUCGCGCUCGCGUGCGUGUCGAGGAAGAUGGCCAUGUACGGCCUCCGCAAGUUCCUCUUCGUCGACCCGGAGCUCGGCAUGCGGAUCCGCUUCCAGAAGGAGUACGUCGCUAAGAUCAAGGAUUUCUUCAGCACAAUUUUGUGGUGGAUAUUGCCAUGCUUUGUUGUGAAGGUCACACGAGAAAUGUUCCGUUUCUCCCAUAUCUUCCAAGAGUCGACUUGGAGAUCAUGUGCUGUACUGUUUGCUUCCAUCAUGUCAUGGAUGUAUCUGACCACAAUUAUAUUAACCUCCUGCAUGCUUUUCAACUUGGUUUGCAACCUACAAGUUAUUCAUUUCGAUGACUAUGGAAAACUUCUAGAACAAGAUUCAGAUCCUUUGGUCUAUUUAAAAGAGCACCUGCAGCUUCGUCAUAAUCUCUCCAAAAUCAGUCACAGGUUCCGCAUGUUCCUUUUGCUGCUCUUCUUUUCUGUUACAGCAAGCCAGUUUGCCAUUCUGUUCAAGACAACAGCAUAUACUGGACCAAUCAAUUUCACUAAUGGUGGUGAUAUAGCUGUCUCUUCCGUUGUUCAAGUUGUCGGUCUUGUCCUUUGUUUGCAUGCAGCUGCUAAAAUUUCUCACAGAGCUCAAAACAUUGCUUCACUGGCUAGUCGAUGGCAUGCCUUAGUAACAUGCUCUAGUGAUUCUACUUAUGUAAGCACACCAAACAGUUCUGGGAACCUUGUGCCUUUUCCAGCACAUAUGUUCUUGAGAGACUUUUCAGAAAGUGAUUUGGAGUCUCUGGAGAGUGGCUCAGUACAAGGCAAUUCUCAUGGCACAGCUCAAUUGGCUUCAUACAUGUCUUCAUACCACAAGAGGGAAUCACUUGUGCUGUAUCUUCUGGGCAACCCAGGUGGCAUCACGAUAUUUGGCUGGAUCGUUGAUCGGACAUUCCUAAAUACAAUUCUGAUGCUCGAAUUAACACUUGUGCUCUUCGUGCUUAGCAAGACCGUUGUGGUUCCGGCCAAAACAUUAGUUCUUGAUUACAUCAGGUUUCCAUGAUGGGGGCUAUCACAUCUCAAACAUCUGAAUUUGGUCCGGAUCGCUAGAUAUGGUGAAUUGAGGAUACACAUCAGGCUCCUAUUGCCACCAUGCCAGAAUCCGAUCUGGUGGACAGAAAAUCUGAUCUUCUGAGGAUUAAAAUCAUCUGCUGGAUCUGAGAACUACAAGGUUGGUCUCUCUUGAGGAUUUCCUGAUGAACACCCUGUUUUGCCGCUAAUCCACGUCAUGCCAAUUUUCCAUGAGAAACAGAGAGAACAUCAUGUAAUUUUGAACAGUUGAUCACUGAAACUCCACUCUAGGCUGUGCGCUGUGCAUAGAGCCAGCUUCAUCCAUGUAAAUUGCUGUAGGCUUCUCCUGUCUUUUUUGUUGUGCAUAUUAAGAUUUAAAAUUUAGGGGUAUAGACCACAUGAUCGAUACUACAACUGAAUCUAAAGUUUUCGUUUAUGGUUGAGUGGAUUGUUCAGAUGCAAAUUUUA